GAAUUAUUGCUUUGAAUAGUUAAUCAGUGGUGAAGUGUCCCAAGCAAAUGAGAUGCGAGCAUUCCAACAAAGCGAAUGGGUUAUCAGUGUGCGUGUAAACAAUAAUAGCCGGGCUGUAUUUGACGCGAUUUCACUUGAGCCUUAUUGGCAUACGAAAAGGGAAUCCAUGGUUUAGACCCCCAAUAACAUGGCUUUCAGGAGUAUUUAUUAGCUUAACGCCACCUGCCGCCAAUAGAAUUCUGUUUGCGUUAUAGUGAAAAGAGCCGCGCGCUAAACUAUGCCAUGCUUAACGGGAAAUCGGAAAAAAUACACCGAGUGCGAAAAGGAACUGACAAUUGGAAAGCCUAAAUAUUCAACGUGAUACUGGAUGAAGAGAAUUUUUCGCAUUGACAUACCUCACAAAAGACUAUUGUAACCGGGGAACGCGAGUGAAAGAAUAGGAAUGUUAAUGUUUGUGCGUAAUUUAGGUAUAUUUGUGCGAAAUGGGAAUUUCGCUUGAGCGACUCACUUUUUCCUAAUAAUUCUACAAACCUCGACUAAUAAACAGCCAAGAUGGAGCCGGUCUUCAGACAAAAGCAAGCGAACACGGCAGCCAAGGUAAAGCUUUGCGGACAAGUCCUUGCAGUGGGCUCUCUGUUCUCAGGCUUCGUGCUAUUCGUAUCAGUAGUCCUGCCAGUCCUUGAAGACUACGGCUAUCAACCAACACAGUGUAACGUAACAGCGAGCCGAAUACUCACGGACAAGGCUCAUCGCCUGAGCUGUAAGUGUCCACACUCGGGCGAUGUGACAAGAUGCGUGAUCUACUAUCCCUGCUUGCAGGUUAUAGCAAGUUACGGGACCGCAGCCGGCGCGAGUAAGGCCCUGGUAGUGCGGAAUAGGAGAAGGGUCGGGGACAAGUGUUCUUUCAUGGUGCGAGAUUACGAAUGCUUAUCAGAAAAACACGUGUAUUCGCAGCUCAAAGAUUUCAAGGAGGGGUGGGGUGGGGAAGGGAUGUCAUACUCUUGUCACUUCAAGCCGGAGCGCUCGGACUACGUGCUGCUCUCAUGCCGGCAUAGAAUGCAGAUGCACGUGGUUAAUGUGACCGUAUGGCCUUGUCUAGGGCUGGUCCUUGGAGUAUUGGUAAUAAGACUACAUGGAGCUAUAGCCAAGGCGUGCUGCGAGAGGCGUAGAGGGAGGGGAAGGAGUGACGACUGGAUACCCCUUACUAACGACAUGUAGAAAUACAUGCUGUUAUAUCCUUCCCACACCUCUACUCGGGCCGAGCCCCGUGUCUUCCACCAAAAGGAUUACAUGGGGCUUCUAUAGCCAUUGCAUGUUGCAAAAAAUGGAGAGAAGGCGAAGUGAGAGCUGGUUGUCGCUUACUCCAUACUAGCUGGGGUUUUUUCUGCCCAGACGACUGCAUGAUGAUAUAGCAAAGGCGUCCUUGCCAGAGAGUUAUCACUCACUGAGAUGUUGAUACCUACAAUCUAGAGACCGACUGAUACUUGCAUGGCAUGUGCUUCGCAUUUUGAUCUUACGAUUGGCUACCACGUGCAAUUGACUUUUUCACUUCUCGACUUUUUUUUUGAAUUUACAAAACAAACACAAGCGUCGUUUCCUCAAAGGAAACGAUCAAAAAUGCUGACGUGUGAUUGGUCCGUUAGGGUGAAUUCUCAUUGGUUCACGGGCCUCGUGACUACACGACAUUUUGAUCAUAAGGUGACGAAUAUCGUGGAGUACAUACCACGGAAAACUAUAUUGGAAAUUUCUUAAAUUCCGAGAUAGCGAGCCAAUAAAAGCGCGCGUUAUUCAUCCAUAGGCAGCCCGAGUUCUAGGUCUGUCUAAUUAUAUAAAAAAUACAAAUACAACAUCAAUCAAUCAAUCAAUCAAUAAAUCCUUAUGAGUCCCACAGUG